AGGCAUGGAGGUCCCUGCAGGGCUGUCUGCUGGAACAGAGUCCUCUGCCUUGCCCACUGCUGCAGCUUGUCCCAGUGAGUCACAACCAACACAGGCAAUACCAGUACAGAUCACAGUACUGACGGCACAGGACCUGAAGUCUAUCAAAAGCGAUGUGUCAGUUACUUUGGUGCGUGCGGAGUACAACGGAGUGAUCUUGGGAGACUCCUCCAAGACUGACGUCUUGCCGAAUGGGACAGCAAACUAUAAUUUCACGACCAGCUUUGACUGCAGCUCUGAUGGGCCCAACUCCUUGGAUGACAUUGCGCAAAAACCUGUGCUCUUGACAGUGAUAGAAGUGUUGCAAAGGGAGAAGAGACAGAAGGAGAAGACUGUGCCUCUUGGCCAAGCUGUGGUGGACCUUCUACCUCUGCUGCAAGGACAGUGUUCAUUUAAGGUCUUGACUCCUUUGUAUGCAGUGCCUACCUCUCCAUUAGAGAGCCUUCACCCGGAGGCCAAGGGUGGCCUUGAAGUGACAGUGUGCACCAAGGAGCCCCUCCUUUCUGCAGCACAGCUUUCAAAUGGCAACCUCCUGAGCAUCACGCUGGAGGCGGCUUAUUCCGUCCCUGAAGCGUUUGCUGCCACGGGACCCCUGCAAAACUACAUGGCUUGCUUGCAAGUACCAGCAGCUGGGGAGAAGGAAGUCCCCUUGCUCUUCAAGAAUGGCAUCCUGAAGGAUGCUGGUGAAAAAGAGCCAUUACCGCGGCCCAAAAAAUGGCCCCUUGAUAACAUCAUGGCUCCUGGCGCUCUGAGCAUACCCAACUCCUUCAUCGUGGGUGGUCCCUAUGAGGAUGAAGAUGGAGAGCUCAACAAAAGAGAGGACAAGGAAUUUAGGAUCCAAGCAGAAGGCAUGAAGAGAAUCGUAUGGGACACGGAAAGGCGUUGUUACCUGGAUCUCACUGCAGUAGUCAUUCUGCAGAAACGCAUUGCAGAGUGCCAGUACUGGCCCGUGGAAGUCUGUGGGAUGUCUGUGGCCUCAUCCAGCAAAGGGAAAACUAGCAAAGCUGACAAGGGAGAUGAGGACAAGCAGAUUUUCUUCCAUGGCGUGGCGUACGUCGACAUGGUGCCUUUGCUGUGCCCUGGUGUGAAGCAGAUCCGAGGUGCUUUUCGUGUCUUUACCUACCAAGACAGCGAGGUGUUUGAGAAGACCAAAAGUCAGCACAGUGUUUUCCAGGAUCUCAGGACGCAGCUCAGUGUGACUAAGGAAGGGUUGUGGACCCCGGGAAUCAGUACUCCCCUUUCCAGAGCUGUUCCCAGCAAGACUCAGAAGGAAGACCAAGAGAAAAUCACCAGAGAUAAGGAUUCCAACAGAAGGAUGUCCAACGUGCCCAAAAUCCAGUUGUCAGAUGCCACUGUAGAAGCUGAAGAUGUCACAUCUCUCAACCUUGAUGGACAGCAAUAUGUUGAAGCAGGAACGUUCCUGGUGAUGGAGAUAAAGCUGGACAAGGCCUUGGUACCAAAGCGAUCACGAGAGGAGCUCACCAGACGGGUCAAGCAGAUGAUUCCUCCUCACCCUGUGCUGCCUCCCUGGACUGCAGGAGCCAAGAAGGCUGUGGAAGAUUAUCACAACCAUGUCACGAACAUUGCCCUUGCCAUCCUAAAUGAAUACCAUGAGCUCUUUGGGAAGCGGCUGCCUAACUGGGGAGAGAUAGACCACCAAACUCUGGAGGAACAGAAGCGUCAACUCAACUUCGAGCUCAAUAGCUCUGGGAAAUAUUUUGCUUUUAAGGAACAACUAAAGUAUGCUGUAGUGAAGAUUGUGAGGGAGAAAUACCUGAAGACCACUGCAUUUGAGACCCAGGCGCAGUUCCAGGCAUUUCUCAGUGAGCUCUACGUGUACCUCGUGGACCAGAUGCACAUUGCCCUGAACCAGCUACUGUCCGAGGAAGCUGCUUCUCCUGCCCCUGUGUCCCGCACAACUGAGGAGCAGCUCUGGCUCUUUGCUCGCGAAGCUGAAUUCAACAAGGACUACAAGCUGGCAUCUCUCUACCACCAGCAGGUAAAGGAGCCCCUGUUUUUUCCU